AUGCCGAAAGCCUCCGGGACGCCCACGAUGCGGCGCCGAGGGCGCGAGCCGGAGUCAGACAUGCGGGGCAACACCACGGAGGAGGACACAGACUUGGCAGAUGACCCGCGCAGUGACAUGGAGACCAGCGAAGCAGCCAAAGCUGCGCAGGCGAACGAAGGCGGUGAGAAGCUGCUGUCCAAAGUGAAGAUGAAGAAGAUGACCGUCCGAGCUGUGAUGGGAAUUAGUAUGAUGGUGACCUUUGGUGGUAUCAUUUAUCUUGGUCAUUUGUAUCUUUGCGUGCUGGUCUUUGCGCUCCAGUGCUUCAUCUUCUUCGAGCUGGUGGGUGUGCGCAAGCGACAGGCGGCCGAGCGGCGGCUGCCCCUCUUCCGCUCCAUUCAGUGGGCAUGGUUUUUUGUUGCAUCCUUCUUCACUUGGUCAGGAAGCAUUUGUGAUUUCGUGGCCAGUGACCCAAGAUUCUUCAGUUCCCACUCCAUUGCGAGAAUGGUGUUGGAGAAGAACAUGAUGGUGUCCUUCUCACUCUACACUCUUUUGCUGAUGGUCUCCGUGCUGAGCCUCCGGAAAGGUUUGUACAAAUAUCAGAUCACACAGUACACCUGGACCGUGGUGACUAUUUGUAUUGUGGUCUUUCAGACGCAGGCAGUCUUUCACCUGAUCUAUGCAGGCCUUUUCUGGUUUGUUUUGCCUUCCUCCUUGGUGAUUUGCAAUGACAUCAUGGCAUACUAUUGUGGGCAGAUCUUCGGGAAAAAACUGAUCCGGAGGAGAUUCUUGGAAUUGUCACCAAACAAGACAUGGGAGGGCUUUCUAGGGAGUGCCUUCUUUACAAUGCUCUUUGCCUUUUGGUUCUCCAGACAUCUUUGCGGCUACAAGUGGAUGACAUGUGUCCCUCAGCGCUUUACCUUCUCCAUCAGCCCCUUGAAUUGCGAGCCUGACCAGAUGUACCGACCACAGACCAUCGCAGCCAUUCUCUAUGAGACCGUCCCUGGCCUUCGAACCGCAGAGCUCUUCGAAGGCUUGCACAUUGUCAACGGGAUCGGCCAGCUGGAGAUAUGCCAAGCUCAAAUCCACGCGUUAUCCUUGGGCUUCUUUGCCUCCUUUGCUGCCCCCUUCGGCGGCUUCUUGUCCUCGGCCAUCAAGCGGGCCUAUGGCAUCAAGGACUUCAACAAUCUCAUUCCGGGGCACGGAGGCAUGAUGGACCGAUUUGAUUGUCAGUUCGUGAUGUUCUUAUGCACCUUUGUGCACAUCAGGACCUUUUGCCAGGCACCUGUGACCAUCGACAUGGUCUUGGGCUCGGCAAUGAAGCUAAGCCUGGCCGACAAGCAGGCGCUGAUCUCGAAGUUGCAAGAUCAACUGGCUCAAUAA